GCCACUUGAUCAUUUUCCACAAUGUCAGAUUCAGUAAGUCAAGCUAUGGAUGGGUUAUAAAAACCUAAAAUAAUACUAGCAACUUGCGCAGGUGACGAGAUAUAUACCUGCUUUAGUCCUUUUCACACCAUCGCUCCUUUCACUUGCAGCCAUCUCUGUGAUAAGGGAACUACGAAAUGUAUCUACAAAACCAAACCGCAGAGUGUUGAUAUCAAUGUCAGCAGCAUGCACGAUGCUCGCUAUUGCUUCACUGAUCGGGUUGGCUACUAAUUCAUCUCCAUCUCUGACCACACAGAUAUGUUAUUCAAUUUUUGAAGGAUUGGGAAUAGGCCUUUCCUUGUUUACUAUUGCCGAUAUUACCACAUACACUGGUCUCACCAGUUUAUCUAAAGCUGCUUUCAACAAUGUUUACCAUAAGUUCGAAUGCACAGCCAUAAUAAUUGUCAUUCUUCUGCCCACCAUGUUCACAAUAGUAGGUAAACAAAUGGUAAUUGUUAUUUAUAUGUAAAAUAUCCUCCAGUUUGAGAUCACUACUCGUUUGUGUACGAUCAAUGUUUUCGGACUUUCAGUCUUCGUCCAUCACGGACUUUACUUCACCGCAUCAGCUAUAAUGCUGCUCAAUAGGAUCGCCACCGUACUUGGUAUGAUUGGAAUACUGAUCAACGUUGACUUUGAUUUGAAAAAGCGUGAGACCUACAUACAAACGGGUCUUUUUAUUCUAUCUAUAUAUGGAUUAAGUUAUACCAUCCCCAGGUUUGCCAUUUGUGAGUUGAUAUUGCUUCAAUUC